AUGGGAGUGGCUCGUUGCCUUUUUGAUUUGCGUGACCACAAACGGUCAAUACCGUCGAAAGAGGACUGGAGAACUUUCCUAGAGAGAGGAGAGGAGGAGCGCGCCGCGGGUUGUUUAUGGAAGAGCCAGAGAGAGAAGAGAGAGGAGAGAGAGGGUAUUGUGGGGGAUUUGAGGCCGAGGGUAGAUUGCCCGAUGUUCGGUGCAAACGAGAAAGGGGACGACAAAUCCCAGGGAACUUUACCACUGGACAUUCCGAGAAAGAUACUUGGUAGGAUUCAUACUUCAGGAGAAUUUGAUGGGCUCGCAUCAGGUCGAACAUAUGAGUCUCAAGUUUCGUUUAUAGUGAUCCAUUCUCAGGUCUCCCCCCACCGCCUCUCCCUCCCCUACCACCGCCGACGUGCCCAAGGUCCUCCUGAUCUGGCCCAAGGUCCUCCUGAUCUGGUCUUCUAUGGUCCGAGGACCGAGUUGCCGUCGAGGGCAACGCCGGAGUCGUUCACGGUGAUCAAUUUGCUGGAAUUGGAUUUCUCAAACAACUCAUUGUCGGGUCCGAUCCCAGCUGAGCUUGGGAAGCUUACUAACCUCACAUCAUUGGGCUUGUUCUCCAACAAUCUCACAGGCAAAAUUCCGCCUGAGAUUGGAAACAUGACUUCAUUGGGCUAUCUAGAUGUAAACACCAACCAAUUAGAAGGGGAGCUGCCCAGCACAAUUUCCCAGCUUGAAAACCUUCAAACUCUUCAGGUAUUUACCAACAAUUUCACAGGGGCUCUGCCUCAAGAUCUCGGUAAGCAUGGGCUCUUGGUUACUGCAAGCUUUUCGAACAAUAGCUUCUCGGGUCCGCUUCCACCUACUCUUUGCAGCGGCUUCAAACUUCAGUACUUGACAGUUAACAGAAAUAACUUCUCAGGGCAUCCGCCUGACUGCUUGCGCAAUUGUGGUGACUUGAUACGAGUUCGGUUAGAGGGGAACCAGUUCAAAGGCGAUAUAUCAGAAGUAUUUGGCAUUCACCCCCAACUCAUAUACUUGGAUGUCACAGGGAAUCAAUUGACAGGAACACUAUCAUCAGAUUGGGGACAAUGUGAAAGCCUUCAAUACUUGCACAUAGAUGGAAACAGCAUCACUGGAGAUAUCCCAGCUUGUUUGGUGAGAUGA